UCUCCACCAAAGGCAUCGCAAUCGCCCAGUAUAUGCAUGUACGUAGGCAUGCAUAUGUAUAAUAUUGUAGGCUGCAAGUUGCGUUCAGCUACUUUCACACAGUUUUAUUGACGGAUUUUAUUGUUACAAACUAUCCGUAAGAGAUGAAAUGUUAAUUGUUAUAUAAUUAUUGUAUACGAUAAUUAAUUAAGACAAUGAAUAUUAGGGUAAAUAGUGAGAUUGUGCCAAAAUAUUUUAUCGUUUGUAAAUUUUACGAAGUAGAAACUUGUUUCUGUUGGAAUGAAGAUAAGGUUAUAAUAUUUCCGUACGGAAACGAUAAAUCUGUGCCUUUCAAAGUACUAACAGCUCCUGCCUCGAUAAAAAAUAUACAAUGUUUUGCAAGCCGAAUCUUUCUUAUUUGCGUUCCACAAGGUGUAUACGAACUUUCGAGAGAAGGAAAAUUUGUUAUUUUGAUGAAAAGUGCAAUUGGAAUGGGUACGGCUUUUUAUGAAGUACUAACUGUAAGAAACAAGCACCUUUACUUGGAUAAUAAAAAGGAUACAACGAGUAAAUUGUUGCUAAAACUUUCUUCGGAGGAAAGAGAUUCAUGCAAGUUAUCUACUUACACAGUGAACGUAGAAAAUACAACGCAACAAUUCAUGCAGACCAUAACCAAAGACGAUUGUAGCAUAGAAAAUUUAUAUGUUAUAGCAAUUGAAAAGAAAAUUCUAAUGCUAAUGAACGAAACUGUUCAAAUAAUGUACAAUAGCAUUUAUCCGAUCAGGGAUAUAAUACCUAUACAAAGUGAUUCUAAAAUUGCUGGUUUAUUGUUUGUCACCAGUGGUGACAAUGUCGUUGUAAUGCACUCAAAGGAUAAUAAACUAACUUUUGAAAAGAUUUUAUUAGGUGUAAAUGUGCACACUAUUUGUGCAGGCUUUAGUCUAUCAAGCAUGGAUUCAUUAUGGCUCGUAUAUUCGGAUGAAUCUAAAUUGUAUUAUGGAAGAAAGCAACUGUUAAAGGAGGAUAAUGUUCAACAGUUUUGUAUAGAAAACAACAGUUUUCCUUGUUUGAGAUAUUACAAUUCAAAAAUAAUUUUAGGUUUAACUACAAAUAAACAGUUGGUGGAAUUUCCUAUAGAUACAGUGGAAAAAGUUAUAUCUAGAGAACAAGACAGUUUUAUUGGUCUUCAUUUGGAUAUGUUGAAAGAUACAAAUCUUAUAAUGGACAAGAUUUAUAAAGGAACUCAGGAAAUACAUAAACUCAACAAUGAGUUACAAGCUGAAGAAGAUAAAUUAAAAAGAAUAAAUUUGUAUGCUCAUAAACAGAAAGUUCAAUUCUGUCCAAACAUAGUGUUACACAGGGUAACUAAUUUAUUUCUUUUAUCCGCAACGUUUGGAGACAUCCUUCCAAAAGAUUGUUGGGUUGUAUUUAAUGUAAAAUUCGAAAAUGAAACUACAUUUUGUAUGAAAAGAGUAGAAGAUCAAGAAACUGUAGUUGAUGUUGAUAUACCAGAAGAUAAAAUGAUAAAUUCUUUACAAGUUAAUGUAGAUUUAAUUAGCUUAAAGGAAGAAGGUUAUCCUUGGUUACUUAUCAGAAACUAUGUAAUCUAUCCCCACCGUGAAAAGACUAAAAGAAAGAAAGCAAAAGUAGAAAGGGUAGAUUUUAUAAAUUCGAAAAUCGCUAUCCUCGAAAAAUUUCUACAAGAGGGAACUAUCGAUAUGAGAACAUUGUCAGAGAUUAAAAGAAGUGUGAGAAGAGAAUGCAUGGCUUAAGACAGCGUUUACAAGACCUCUAUGAUUUAUUCAUUCGUUUGGCCCAAUGUGCAGUCGUAAUUAAAAUACCAAUGAUUUUAAAAAAUUAUUUGAUUUUAACUUUUCACAUUCCUAACAUCGUAUUCUUUUCGUAAUCGUAAUUUUACACUCUGUAUACACGUAAUUAUACAUAUGUACGAAGUACA